AUGUACUUCAUCACCCCCACUGCUACUUCUCCUCUCCUUGCUCUUUUCAUUUAUACAUCUCAGAAAUCUUCAAGAACGACAGCUGCACACAGUGUGCACCAAGUCACCCUCCCAAAUCUACUCCAUACUACGUUUCGCAGUCCCUCUACAAUAUUCACCUUCAAAAAGGCAGCCACAAAUCCAAAUGCAUGCGUCAGUGUAUGGAUGGCAUCUCAUUCAGCACCGACUAUGGAGAUCCAAAAGCACCUCAAGAGGCUGAGACUUGAUGGUUCUGACGACAUUCAAUCGGCAGGUGAUGAUAUAGAACUCACACUCCACAGCAUCGCCGACCCUGGACAGCCUUCGAAUAUAGGGCUCAAAACCCUUCCCAUAGAACUCGUCAUCAAAAUAGCGACAGCGCUACAUCCGGUCGACCGCGCAAGCCUUGCCUUUACAUCCAGCUGGCUACACAGCAUUAUUGGCAAUGCUCUGAAGCUGAAUCAAUUUGAUCGUUCAGAAUUUCUUCGCCGCCUUGAACUUGACGGCAUGUGGCUUUCUGAAAUAUUUUGCGAAAUCUGUCAAAAGUUUCAUGAGCCACGAAAGAGCCGUAAUUUCACUCCCAGGGAGGCACGACGAGCCUGUGUUCAUUACGGAGAUCCCAAACUUGAGAAACAGAGUUUCUCUCCUUUCCUUUCGGAAGGGAUUCAUUUUGACAUCAUGGCAGCUUUAUCGAGAUUAAGCCGUUUCCGACAUAAAUCUACCUACCAGUCAGACUUUGCAGCCCACCUAGAGGACAUGAUCGAGUAUAUCACACUCUAUGUUAAUGAUGAGGAGGAUCCGCACAUACGGCUCAAGGAGAAUAUAUAUUACUCAAAAGAUGAUCACAUCUUGAUCAAGUCAGAAAGAACACUGUUUGCUGGACGAAGCACCGGUCGUGAGGUGUCAGGAAUCCUUGACGGAGCUUGCAGUUUAGGCUGGAUUCUCCAUGACUGCCCCGAACUAUCGGCAGUCUGUGAACACGCUGACUGGUCUGACCUAUACCCUUUCCUCUUCCGCCCAGAUGACGAGUUCAAGUGGCGUCGAGGCCAGUGGUCAUUUC